AUGACUCAGCUGGGCACAAGAAAGAGUCGGAAGGGCUGCUCGGCCUGCAAACAACGCCAUGUGAAGUGCAAUGAGGGGAUACCAUGCUCCAAUUGCAUACGCCGCAACGAAAGCUGUAGUCUUGCUGUCACUCCCUCACCUGCAUCGACAUCUCGUGACGGUGACGAUGCGCUGCCAAGCAACACGAAUGAGUGGCUGCAGGACAUGGAGCUGAUGCAGUAUUACUCAACUUACUUGACCAAGGAGCGAGUCUUAUUCAAGAAUGGCAGUGGCUUGCUGUGGCAGGAAGUUAUACCCCAAGAGGCUCUCAAGCACGCCUUCCUGCUCCACGGUCUUCUCGCACUGUCUGCCUUACAUCUGGCCUAUAACCACCCAGAGCAGGCUUCGAGAUGUCUGCGUAUGUGUGAUAGACAUCAAGGAGCAGCCCUAGUCAAGUUUCGUGAAGCACUGAGCGGCGCGCUGACCGAAGAGAACAGCGCUGCACUGUUUGCCCUUGCGACAGUCAUGUCAGUGCUAUCGCUGGCCAGGUCGCAUGCCAUGGUCGCCUACAAUCCAGAACCGAGGGCUCUUGAUAUGGAUGCGAUCUCCGAAGGGGUUGUCAUGGCCCAUGGCGUGAGGGCCAUCACGAGCAGUGCUCAUGAGUUUCUAGUGAAACAUCCUCUCUCCCAGCUCUUCUACGGCUAUACAAUGCCGGACGAAGCACGAACCACAACAUACCUACCAGAGUCGGUACUUUCUCAUUUCACAGCAGUCGAGCAAAUGCUCAGACAAAAGUGCGAAGCCGAGACCUUCAAAGCCUGCCUCGAUGCUUGGAAUGAACUCGUGGACAUUUAUCACCAUCUAACAUACUUCCUGCGACUCGGCCCAGUCGAGAGUGGCAUCGUCUGGCGCUGGCCAGCUACUUUGUCCGAAGAAGCUACCAGGCUGAUACAGACACGACAUCCGCCUAUGCUUGUUAUCCUCGCGCAUUAUGCUGCUGCUAGUGGUCCUUUGCAUGGUUCGUGGUUCGUUAAUGAGUGGGGCAAGUUUGCGCUGCAAGGUGUGAGCUUGGUACUGGCUGACGAUAUGCAACAUUGGCUUGAGUGGCCUUGGGAGCAGCUGAAGAUGAACCUUGAGGUCCUUCUUUCGCUGGAGUGA